ACUGCGCUGAAUCAGAGAUUCCGUACGUGUCCGGUAGUAACUUAAACACUGGUUGAGAUAACGGUUCCUAUUGCAUUACCUGCAUGAAUAUAAGUGUCUGCAUAAGGUAAAAUGCAUAGAAACAUUAUCUUAUCCAUCAUCUGCUUCGCUGGUGUGGUGGCGGGAAAUUACAAUCAAAAGUACUUUGAAAUUUUACAAGGUACUAAGGUUGUUAAUGUUGUGUCAUAUUUUAACGACAUCUCGAUUCUUGAAUGUGGCAGAAAUUGCAUAGAGUAUGCCCAGUGCGUGCAGGCUGGAUACAACAUAGACUCUCAGACAUGUCAGAUAUCGUCUAACAAUACUACAGUUACAGACCCUGACUCCGUUAUCAUCAAAUUUUCAGACGUUUGUGGAUCUCCGCAGACACCGGGAAAUGGGAACGUUGAAAUAUCCAGUGAUGGAAAAAUUGCCAGUUUCUCCUGCGAUAACGACUAUACUUUAGCCGGGACUGAAAUUCUUCACUGUAUGCAUGGUUCCUGGAACGGAACUGUUCCCACUUGUACAGGAGCUGACUGCGGAUCGCCGCUCCUUCCCGCUAACGGGGAUCAUUUCAGCUACACGGGAACUGCAUUGAAUGAUGUUGCUACCUUGGUAUGUUUUCCGGGAUUUUCACCUACAGUUAACAGUGUAACGUGUCAAGCAGACGGACAGUGGGAAAGUACAUCUUGUACAGAAGAUUGUGGAACAGCACUUGAAACAGACUAUAUUAAUGUAAGAGUUUCCUACCCUCUCGGAUCACAGGCCGGGGCUACAGCCACAGUCGCGUGCGCCCCAGGGUAUAAAAGUGACAGCGGUUUAACGUCUUGGGCUUUUACAUGCGAUGCGAUUGGUUCCCAGUGGAAAAUUACUCAAGCUCCUGACUGUAUUUGGGAGUUAAUGUUCCGCGGUUCAGCGGAAAAUGGCUACAAUGUCACCAAUGCGUUCCUCUUCGGCUAUGGGAGUGACGGAGUGACAGAUGAAGAAGGCUGUAAGGAUGUCUACAACACAAGCUGUUCUUUAAACUACAGAAACUCGAAGGUUGACCAAUGGGGUCUUUUAAAUAUCCAGGAGGUAACUUAUGAACUCUACGACACCACCACAAAUGUUCUCUCUGUACGAUUUGGUGGAUCUGGUUCGACGAUCAACAACUGGUUUACAACUUCGCGUGUCAUUGAACAUCCAUGGAGUAUCCCAGUACUUACCAACACUUGGUGGGACCUGAACGGUUCAACUGAUAUAAUGUAUGGUAGAUCGUUUAGGAUGACUGCUGGAUAUGACAUUGACGCUGUUCCAUGUCAAGAUCACUUUUACACGGUUGUGUUUUUCCCACCACUCUAUAGCUGUUCCUAUGACGCCUUUGACAACUAUCCAAAAUUUACAUAUUCGGCUUUAACUGGAGGCUCCAUAUACUCUUAUGAAACAUUCUAUACCGCUGCAACAAUGGGAAUAUGGGUAAAAUACUACUAAAACUUCAGAGUUGAUGAUACUAUAUAAGAAAUAUAAAUAAUAGUAACUGAAGUGUGUAUAGACUAAAUAUUGUAUUCUUCCUAUAUUUACUUCGAAUCAAUGUCUUGUCAGUCCCAAUAGAUGGCUUGCGUUGUAAUGUAUUAUUAUAUUUAUAACUAUGUUAAAUAUAACUAAAUGCACAUUGUCCAUUGAUCAAAUUCAAUAUCAUUAGACAUAUGUCAUGCAGUUUAGUAACACAUCAAGAUCAAUAUGUUUCAAACAAUGAAACUGAAUAAGUUUACAAUUACAUCUUUACCGUACACUGACGAAUGGAAAACAUAGUCCACUGCACCCUGUAUUUAACAACAUCUUUUCCGUACACUGACGAAGAGAAUCAAUAGUCCACCGCACCCUGUAUUUAACUAUAUAUUCACCGUACACUGACGCAUGGAAACGAUAGUCCACCGCACCCUGUAUUUAACUACAUCUUGACCGUACACUGACGCAUAGAAACAAUAUUUCGUCACACCCUGUAUUUAACUACAUCUUUCGUACACUGACGCAUAGAAACAAUAGUUCGUCGCACCCUGUAUUUAACUACAUCUUUACCGUACACUGACGUAUGCGAACAAUAGUCCACCGCACCCUGUAUUUAACUACAUCUUUACCGUACACUGACGCAUGAGAACAAUAGUCCACUGCACCCUGUAUUUAACUACAUCUUUACCGUACACUGACGCAUGGAAACAAUAAUCCACCGCACCCUGUAUUUAACUACAUCUAUGCCGUACACUGACACAUUGAAACAAAAGUUCACCACAUCCUGUAUUUAACUACAUCUAUACCGUACACUGACGCAUACAAACAAUAAUCCACCGCACCCUGUAUUUCACUACAUCUUUACCGUGCACUGACGCAUCGAAACAAUAGUUCACCGCACCCUGUAUUUAACUAAUUCUCUACCGUACACUAACGCAUGGGAACAAUAGUCCAUCACACAUUCUAUUUAACAACAUCUUCACUGUACACUGACGCCUGAAAAUAAUAGUUCACCGCACAUUCUACUUAACUACAUCUAUACCGUACACUGACGCAUGGAAACAAUAGUUCACCGCACAUUCUAUUUAACUACAUCUUUACCGUACACUGACGCAUGGAAACAAUAGUCCACCACACAUUCUAUCUAACUACAUCUUUACCGUACACUGACGCAUGGAAACAAUAGUUCACCGCACAUUCUAUUUAACUACAUCUUUACCGUACACUGACACACUGAAACAAGAAUUCACCGCAGGUAUCUUGCAUCUCAAUACACGCAAAUUCGUCCUUUCCGAACAAUGACACAUGAGGACAAUAGUGCACCACAACAACUACAACUACUGAUGCAUAGAAACAAUAAUCCACCGCACCAGUCUUGUAGACCAUGCAUUCUAUAUAACUAAAUCUUUACCUUACAUGUCCCAUGAAAACACUGAUCGCAGUCUAUAGGACUACAUACUUACCGUACAAUAUCGUACAUCACGAAUCUCAUGUACACGAUUGUUCAUAUUCAUAGAUAUAUAUAAUUUGGGCAUGAUAAUCCAAAUCUCAUAUUUAACAAUAUCUUAUUAGUAUUUAUAUAAACAUUCAAGAAACAUGUCUACAUGCUAGGUUUAAAGUAUUAUAUAUGUUUAAGUUAACACAGCGUGAAUAUGAUAUACCACUUAAAUAUUUGGAAGUUUUUCUAACAAAAGUCUGUCACUAGAUAACAUUAAAUUGUGAUGGCAGUUCAACAUGAACAGCUUCUUUAGUCAGAUAUAUUUGACGACAAUUUUUUUAAUUUAAAUCAAUAUCAUUCAUAAAAUAUUGAGGGAAAGAUGGGCAUUAUAUCUUUAUAUCAUAUCUUCAGAUGUAUACAGGUAAUUCAAUCUUUCACUGCUUUCGUGGUAACUAUAGUGUGUGUACAUAAUUUUCAACCUACCAUAGUUAUGUCAAAAAUUGUCAUUAAAGUGUCAUUGUUUUAACCAACA